AUGUCUUACAGUCGCGGACCCCAGAGCCCCUUCGAUGCCAAAGCCGUGCAAAUGAGCGAUCUUUCGCCAUGGCGAAUUUUUGACAGAGUAUGGACGGCUGGCAUGGGAUACCCCGCCGAUCAACUCGACAUCACUCCAGGGGCAACGCCCAUGUUGACCCUCAAAUCGACUGCCAUGAUGCUAGUCUCCUAUUAUACCAUCGUUCUUGGGGGUCGAGAGUUGAUGAGAUCCCGUCCUGCUUUCAAACUUAACGAUCUAUUCCUCAUCCACAAUUUCUACUUGACGGUCAUUUCUGGCGCCUUGCUGGUACUUUUCGUGGAGCAACUCGGGCCUACCAUCUGGAAGCACGGUGUAUUCUUCGCCAUCUGUGGAGAUGGUGGCUGGACAGGGCCACUGGUCACUUUGUACUACCUCAACUACUUGACCAAAUAUCUUGAGCUUUUGGACACGGUCUUCCUCGUCUUGAAGAAGAAGCCACUGACUUUCCUCCACUGCUAUCAUCAUGGAGCGACAGCGUUCCUUUGUUACACCCAGCUUAUCGGGCGUACCCCGGUUUCAUGGGUACCUAUCACGUUGAAUUUGACCGUACAUGUGGUCAUGUACUGGUACUACUUUCAAGCUGCGCGAGGCAUUCGUAUCUGGUGGAAAGAAUGGAUCACCCGACUCCAAAUCGCACAGUUUGUCAUCGACCUUGGCUUCGUGUACUACGCCACGUACAAUUACUAUAUUAACAAGUACAUUCCCUCACUCCCCCAUGUGGGGACGUGCGGAGGUGAGGAGUUCGCCGCCUUCACUGGUUGCGCGACCUUGAGCUCCUACCUUGUUCUCUUCAUCUCUUUCUACGCUGCUACAUACAAGAAGGCUAGCACGAAAGAUAAACGAUCGACAUUAGCGAUGAGUACGAGCAUCCCUUCGGACGCCGUGCACGAGCUGGAGAGGAAGAAGAUGCCGACGAUGAUGGAAACUUCGGAAACGGCGGUUGAUGCACUGCACUGCGCCGAGGGAUUGAUGAAAGCCGCAGGAACGAGCAUCGUCUCAACGACGCAGGAUCUCCACCUAAUGGGAGGAGGGAAGUAG